GAUAUCGCCAUCGCCGGGCCGGGUUAAGCACGGCGGUAUCCACAGUUUGCGGCUUUGCGAGCUCCCACCUUGCGAAAAGCAGCAGCGACGACGAUACCGGGACCAGCUAACGUAUAACGAAAAGGACAAGAGGAGAACCGAACGAGGAACUCGCUGGAAGGUUCACCCGUGGUGGUAUUUCAUCCGGUUGACACACCAGAAGGAACGCGCGUGAACCGGGCCUCGUGCCUCUUUGAAUGGUCCAAACCUAGCGGAUGACUCACUGCUCCCCGCUUGCGUGAGUUUCCACUUCCGCAAUGACGCUGGCUCGACUUAAUAGAUCGACGAAGUAGUGAAGGACCGUGAUAUCGAAUUUGCGUAUAGAAUUUUCUAUUAUUUAUGGAUACAGUGCAGUUGUUUCACUGGCCCGAUUUCUACAGGAAUAUACAUAUAAAUGAGAAGUUCGAAAGAAAAGAGGGAAGGGAUACGCAUGAUUUACCGUAUUGAGUAUCGGCAAGGAUUAACAAAAGAAGCAAAAUUCCAUCUGGAAACUUUCUAACGAUUGCUCAAUCGUAGCUUUUCCAUCGGCGUCACGAUUCCAGACUCCGGAGGUAGGAACAAUUAGGAGGGAGUCGUACGUGCAGAAUAUGUCGGGUACGAUCGCGAUACGUCGGUAACAGAGGUCGAUGUCGUCCUCUCGCAGCAAGUCCAUCGGAAAAUGUAGAAGGACGUAACGACUGCGUGUGCGGUUGACAGACGACAAGUAAGAAGCGAGAAGCGACGCGGUACUCGUUAACCGGUUUCCGCGGGUCGGCAUGCAGAGCGACACGUAGCCGGGGCCACGCACGCCAUCAAGAGUGGCUCUUGGAUCCUCCGUGCGUGUGUCGCACGUAGGAUUGGAAUCCCACGGGGUUUGACGACAUCAAAAUCAUCUUCACUUGCUAAUAAUAUCACACCUCCUCACGGGCGACACGGGAUAUCAUCUGCUGCCGCAGCGGAAGAAGCCAGUUUCAUGCCGACAACGGACUCUCGACAGCUCUGCGCAAUGGAGGUACCUUCGGUACCACUGUAUUUCCGUUAUCAAACGGAUACCGGCGUCUCCAGUCGUGUUAGCUGUCCGAGAAUCGAGUGGUGCUCAUCCACGUGCUGCUACGAAAUAUAGAUAUUGAAACUCGAUAAUUUCAAUAGGCGCUUGACUUCGCGAUAGGUGUCGGUAUCGUCGAAGGGAUACCUUCGGAGAAAGGUGCUGGAUGCGGCAUACAUUUUAGCGCGCCGACGUGCCGGUGCCUCGUACAUUAGAAAGUGCGCCGCAUAGUGUCGUGAAUGUGUGAUCGGAAAUGUAUGGAAUGUUGACGUUAGAAAUGCGAAUAACUGGUGUGAGCUGUGUGACGAUACGGUCCUUCCUGGAUGUGACAACAAUGUCGAGUUGUUAUUAAAUCUGGAUAAAAGCCGAUUGCCUCUUGUGCAACACUACCGUGCGGUCAGUGUUUGGGGAAAAAAAUCUUCUUCCGUAAAAGUGAAGGGCGUAAAAGUUAAGCCAGAAGGUGCGAUUUGGAAAGGACAACGUGCAAAGUACAACGGUCACUGUGGCAUGAGGAGGCUUGCACGCAGACGCAAUAUCCUGGCCGCAUUCUUUGCGAUUAUGGGACGCCUUGGUAAAGGCUCGCAGAGCGCAACGAGGCCCAUUUUCAGGGUGCAUUAUCGCAAACUUGUGGACGAAUAUUCGCAGCAGGAACAAUUGAAGUUUAUGCCCGCGCUACCUGACUACAUGUCGUAUUGCUGUUGCCGAUGUGGUCACACUCAAAAGCUCAAAGCGGAGGAGUUGAACACCAUCGUUGGCAAUGCUUUCCGCAUGGCGUACGUGGCGCAGCUUCAGCGCCAACCGAUCCUUCAGGAUGUAAUCUCAUCACGAUCGACACCGUCUUAUCGCAAGGACAAGCAGGAGCAUCGAACGUCGUGGAACAAAUCGCUGCCCGGAGACGACACGACCGCCGCGGGCGCUUGCAGGAGUCCGUCGUCGAACUCGUGGCUGAAAAGUCGGACGUCGCCCACCUCCAAGACUGGAAGGGGUCCGUCUGCAGCGGAUAUGAACGUGCAACUCGGCAGCGCCGGCUCGCCCACGCUGCGACUCGCCAGCGUAAAGGCACCAAACACAAUCCCAGGUCUACGGCCGUCGUUUACGAACGUUCUCGGUCCCAUAACGAAUGUGGACGAGCCAAAGAGCUUGUCCCAGCAGAGCACGCCGAGCAGCGAUGAGAGCAACUCGCCGACAGAGUUGAACUCGUACAAGAGGCUAACGGACAAGCCGCCGCUGAUAAAGCGGCUGGCGAUGGGUUUGACAGGUGGACGCGACGUUCUUGGGUUGAACGGUGAGGAUGACAGCUGCCCGCUCGUCAGCGGUAGCAGUACGCCGACCAGCCCAUCGAACAGGCCCCAUUCCGGGGGCUACAUAAACGAGGCGAUCAUCGACUCGGAGGGUACGAGGCCGUCAUACAACAAGAUUCCACCGUCCGAGAGCCUCGAUAACACCAUCAACGCGUCCAUCACUAACGUGAAGAAUUUCAACAUCGAGAACAACAGGAUAGGGCACAAUUGCCCGGACUCGGGUACGGAGGCGGAAUUCAAGUCGAAAAGAAGAUCGCAAAUUAGCACGUCGAGCAGCUCGGUACCCGCUGACGGAAGCACUCAUGGCUCCACGCCAACCCCGCCGCCUUUACCCGAGAGAACAGACAGCCUGAAUAAUCGAAGUGAGGAGGCCGAGCUACGCAAGGCGCCCUGGUUUCAAGCUGGAAUACCCAGAGAGAUAACGCUGGAAGUAUUGAGCCAAGAGCCGGAAGGAGCGUUUAUGGUGCGCGAGAGUACCAGCAAGCCCGGAUGUUACGCCCUCUCCCUCCGUGUGCCCCGUGAAUUUCAGCCGAGUGGAAUAGCCCAUUAUCUCAUAAUGCGUACAAACAAAGGUUACAAAAUCAAAGGCUUCACGAAAGAAUUCACGACGCUCACUGCGCUAAUCAUUCAUCAUUCGGUUAUGCCGGAAUUAUUGCCGUGCCCAUUGUCGCUAAGCCGAUACAAUCCGAGCUUCGUCAAGACUGACUCCAGCAAGGAUUUCGCGGACAUCGAUUCGGACCCGGAUUACAAUACCCUAGCGGAUUUUCGCAAAAUGAUGGCCGAUCUGAAUGUCUAA